GUGGACGCAGCAGAUCGACUCGGCGCCUCCAGCAGCUGCUCCUGUUCCGAGCUGACAUAUCUUAUUCAUAAGCGGGUGGACAGAAACCAGAUCCAGCUCAUUAUUGCUUCAGCCUCGUCGUCAGGCUGCUGCUCGUAUCUGAACUUCACACAGUCACAGCAAAGACCACGGCUUCUCCUCAGUUCGGAAUCCUUUCACCUCCGACAUCCAUCCAGAGUUACUGAACCCAGGAUGCGAGGGGGAUUCUGGUAUUUUUCAUCCUUGGCCCUGUGGUUAUAAAUGUGGGUGUGUAAAUUAACCAUAUUUACAAUGGGCCUCCACCAGUAGCUGUGACACGAGGGCAGUGGCUGCGCUGUAAUUAGACCGAUUCCAAAAUAAUUUGUAAGUACCAUUGAUUUACACACACACACACACACAUUUAAUGAUACAGAGCCCAGGUUUAAAAAUACCAGAAAUCUCUUUUUAAAAGUCCCUUAAAGACAAAAGCUCGGCUUGGACUCAAUUUGUCCUGUGAUCUCAUUUAUUAUUCCUUCAAUCUGUGUCUGUUCUUUAAGAAAUUACUUUAAUAAUAGCACGUAUGUUCAGUGCUGUGCGUCACAUGUUUGGUUUCUUAUCCAUCAUCCAGAACCGUCACUUAUUGAUUCUGCAGCAGAACGUGGAGCCCAAACACAAAGUCAUAAUUUAGAUUUAGACACAGCAGCUUAAAAUAGUACAAAUGUAGAAAUAAAAUAAUAAUUGAAACUGAUUUCAAAACUAUGAAAAAGUUAAAUAAACACCAAAAAGAAACACCAUAGUUAUACAGACUGUUUACAUGUCAAUGCUAUGUGAGAGAGAGAGGAGAGAGAGAGAGAGAGAGAGAGAGAGAGAGAGAGAGAGAGAGAGAGUGUGUGUGUUCCCAUUAAAGUGACUUGAAUGGUAAAACUGUACAUGCAUACAAUAUUGUGACUGAUCCACUGUUAUGAUAUCAUCUUACUUUCCCCUUGGGAGAGUCACAUGACCCCGGUUAGGGUGAGGGAGGGUGGAGGGUGUCAAAAUGCUUCAAUGAAAACCACAUGGAGGGUGGAGAGAGAGAGAGAGAGAGAGAGAGAGAGAGAGAGAGAGAGAGAGAGAGAGAGAGAGAGGCUGACAUGAGAAGAAGAAGAGAGCAGCUGUAGGAACAGUCUCCAGAACCAAGAACAGAUCCAGAGCCACAGGACCACAGACCAGGACCUGAACCCAGGACCACAGACCAGGACCUGAACCCAGGACCACAGACCUGAACCUGAACCCAGGACCACAGACCAGGACCUGAACCCAGGACCCGGUGCAGCUCAGUCCACCAUGUCCUCCAACAGAAGAAGGAACUCCAGCAGACAGCUCCUGCAGAACCUCAUCAGGGUGACGGCCCAGCGGAGCCAGGAGGAUGCUGAGGAGGUGGAGCGGGAGCAGAGGAGGAGAGCCAGGGAGUUUCAGAGAGGAGAGGGCGGCCCGGCCUGUCCCGAGCCCACCCAUCACCAUGACGACACACACAGGACGGAGCUGGACGGGGAGCUGAAGCCCCGGUGCUGCUUGGUUCUGGAGGAGGACGAGGGCUUCAGCGACUGGAGUCACAGGUUGGAGAAUCGUAACGAGCAGGAGGUGCAGCACGUCUGUCGAGUGAGGGAGCGGACACCCAGCACCGCGCCACGUUGGAAACCAGGACCUGAAGAGGAGAAACAGGAUGAAGAGGAGGGACGAGAGCUGGAAGGAAGCAGUCGGCCCCAGGAAACUUUAACAAGACCUGCAGAGAAGAUUCCAUGCAGCAAAAAGGAAGUCAGGACUUCGUACAGCUCGUCAGUGUUUCUGCCGCAGGACGCCAGACUGCAGCACGCCACCGGACAUCCGGCUGACAGGGCCUCCUACCUGGCUGCAGGGACCAUGAGGCCCCGCGGAGCGGCCUGCAGGGUGGACGGGGAGGUGGAGCAGGAGGAGCUUAGGGAGGAAGAGGAGGAGGAAGCUGUGCAGCCCGCUCUGCAGAAGGAGCGGAGGUCGGCAGACACCAGACAGAGCUGCGGAGAUGAAGAAGAUCAGGAGGAAGAAGAGCUGAGCUUCACACGUGAAGAGAGGGACGACCUUCACCUCAGGAGGGAGCAGAGAAACAGAGAGGAAGAGGAGGAGGAGGAGGAGGAAGAGCACAAGACGCCAAACAAGGGCUCAGUGGAAACCACCAGGAGAGUGGAGGUGAACAGAAGAUCUGCCAGUUCUCUCUGCAGCGAAGGCGAGGAGCCGUUAAACUACGGCCCCAUGAGCCCGACUUUCAAGAAACUCCUCAUACAGUUUUACCCAGAUGAAAUCAACAGCAGAGUCUCGACUGACGGGAAAUGCACAAUCAUCGAGAGAACUGAGUCUCUGAGGAGGAGCACCGGCAGCAUAAAGAAGACGUCGCCCCCUGUGGCUGUUUCCAAGAUUGACAAGAAACGGGAGCUGUACACACAAGCUCUGGAGCUCUCCUCAAAGGAAGGACGAUCAGGAGCUCAGCUUCUCACCGACCUGACGAGUCCGACCGAACCCGUCGCUGCCAAGAAGAACCUGUUUGAAGCCGGAGACGCCUGGAACCAGAACACCUCAGUCCCAGCCUCCAAGGAUGCGGAUGGUUUAAAAGUGGGCGUGGCUGAUCUCAUCAACCAGUGGGUGAGAGGAGGUGAAGAUGGCAGCAGGUGCAGCUCGCCCUCCAAACCUGCAGAAAUAAAACCUGGAGGAGUUUUAAACAAGAAGAAUCUGUGGGAGAGCUUUGGUGACACUUUCUCUCCAGGACGGGACGGGAAGGAGAGCUCCUCUGGUAAAAAGUACAAAUUUGUGGUGACCAGUCACGGGAAGUACGAGAAGGUUUCUGUUGACGAAGAUGAGAACUGUCUGUCAGCUGGAGAGUUCUAUGAGGAUUUGUGAAACACAUAUUGGACUUUUUCAUGGAAGAAAAACAAAUCUUUUAGCGACUCUCACUUCAACGUUCUCCGUGUUUCAAGCUUCAGGUUGGAAAUUCUCUUAAAUCCUGUUGUGAUUCCAAACCUCCUUUUCCACUCAUGUUAUCAUUUUACAAGGUAGUGAAGCUAAAAGUCAGACUCUUCUCUGUUUAUACUGGACAUGUUUUCUUUUUAAUCCUGUGAAUAAUCUCUCUCUUUCUCUCUUAUCUUUGAAUACGAUGGAAUAAAAUCAUUUAAAAAAGUU